AAUUAACGAAGCAAAGUAUAGUCUUCAAACUGCUAUGAUUUCUACAACAAACACCGGGACUCCAGCUGUUAACAUUUCUGACGUGGAUAUGGUUUCGCCAGAAAUAUGUGCCGAUAUUCUGGCAGAUGAAUCGUUUCAAGAACUUGGCUCCAGAAGCAGAUCGUCUCCGUACACCAUGUCCACCUUUAUCAGAAGUGAUUUGGACAGUGUUGUAGAAAAUCUCUGGGAUCACUCCAUUUCCUUGAGAACGCGCAGCCAAUACAAAGUUGGUCUGGACAGUUACAUCAAAUUCACUUUGCUGAGAGGACUGCAUGAUAAUGUUAGUGACUUACCACCAAUUUCAGAACAGUUAUUAAUUUACUUUGUUGCGUUUUGUGAUGAACACCUUAAAUUGGCUUAUUCAACUAUAAAAUCGUACUUAAGUGGAAUAAGAUACUUUUAUUUAAGAUUGAAAGGGUUUAAUCCCUUUCAUAUUUCUGUGGGUCAAAAUUCAUUUUGUUUGCAAUCAAUUUUAACUGGUGUAAAGAAGAAACAAAGCAGGUAUGCCAUUCCUAAACGUAGUAGACUUCCUAUCACCAUGUCAAUUCUAACAAAAAUUUGUCAAUGACUCAGAUCCGGAAUUUUUGAUAUGUUUACAUCAUAUAUGUUUGAAGCAGCUUGUAGAGUUGCAUUUUUUGCUUUUUUGUGCUGUGGUGAAUUCACUGUUCCCAGUAAUUCUCAUUAUGAUGAUUAUGUCUCUAUCCAAGAUGUGAUUUGUCAUGAUUCUUUCAUUACAGUUACUUUAAAGAAAUCGAAAACAGACCCAUUCAGAAAUGGUGUUCAGAUUAAAUUAUUUAAGACACAGACAGAUGUUUGUCCAGUGAAUGCUGUUUCAAAAUAUCUGUAUUUAAGAUCAAAAGUUUUCAAGACACAACCUGUGCCUUUCUUUGUUACUAAAGAGGGUUCCAUUUUAACCAGAGCUAUUUUCAUUGACACACUCAAAGACAUUUUAUCUCGA